AGAUUGUGGUAAAGGUCGAGUCAAACCCCACAGACGCUCAGGACACUGUGUGUGACAGUAAUCACACCUUGAAUCAGGAUGAAUCUACUGAUCAAACCUCCACAGAGUCUCUGGAUUCUGUCUGUAACGCUGGAGAACAGCAGAUCCUGAACACCAGACCACUCAACAUGUGUUCUGUCACACUGAUGGACUGCAGGAAACUCAUGGAGAUGAAAACACAAACCACAGUGAAGGAAGAACAGACUGAUGAAGAUGAUGAUUUGUUUUCUUCAGUGAAACUGAUGAACAGCGAGCACCUGGAGAUAAAAACAGAAGAAACAUCUGAUGAAGAGCAGACUGAUGGUGUUUCAGAUGAGAGCGGUGAUUCAUGUUGUGAUGGAGAAACGGCCUCUACAUCAAAACAGCGACUGACAGCACAAACUCUUUCCUGCAUCACCUGUGGAAAGACAUUCAGUUCACAGAGACGUUUAGAGACACAUGAGAGAAAACACACAGAACAGAAACUCUUCACCUGCACCAGAUGUGACAUCAGCUUUCCUACCUUACAAGAGAAGAAACUUCAUUCACAAGAGCACAGACACCAGAAACACUUUCACUGUCAGCAGUGUGGGAAGAACUUUAUCUGCUCUUCUCAUCUGAAGAUUCACAUGAGGACACACACUGGAGAAAAACCUUUCCACUGCAGUCAAUGUGGCAAAUAUUUCAGCACCAAAGGAAAUCUUGUUACUCAUCAGAGAAUUCACACGGGAGAAAAACCGUACGCGUGUCCUCACUGUGACAAGAGAUUCAACCACAAACCUCAUCUGAAGAAACACAUGCGUUCACACACCAGUGAGAGACCGUAUGAGUGCAGUGAAUGUGGAAAAACCUUUAGGGAUUCAGGUUAUUUAAAAUCACAUCAAAGAACUCACUCUGAGGAGAAACACUAUCAGUGUUCACACUGUGAUAAAUGUUUUCUUCAUAAAUUUUCUCUAACAUGUCAUGAGAGAGUUUACACUGGAGAGAAACCUUAUCACUGCAGUGUUUGUUGGAAAAGUUUCACUGUGCUUGGUACCCUACAAAACCAUCAAAAAAGUCAUACGGGUGAAAAACCUUAUAAAUGUUCUCAGUGUGACAAGACGUUUGCUCGAUCAUAUGUCCUGAGAACCCAUGAGAGAGUUCACACUGGAGAGAAACCUUACGUCUGCUCUGACUGUGGUAAGAGCUUUACUCAAUUAAGUAUUUUAAGAGAUCAUCAGAGAGUUCACACUGGAGAAAAACCUUAUCAGUGCAGUGUUUGUGGGAAGAGAUUCACUGCGCACGGUACUCUACAAAACCAUCAAAAAACUCAUACGGGUGAAAGACCUUAUAAAUGUUCUCAGUGUGACAAGACGUUUGCUCGAUCAGAUGUCCUGAGAAUCCAUGAGAGAGUUCACACUGGAGAGAAACCUUAUCACUGCAGUGUUUGUGGGAAGAGUUUCACUCAACAUAAUAACUUACUAAAACACCAGAGAACUCACACAGGUGAAAGACUUUAUAAAUGUUCUCAGUGUGACAAGACGUUUGCUCGACCAGAUGUCCUAAAAACCCAUGAGAGAGUUCACACUGGAGAGAAACCUUAUCACUGCUCCAUCUGUGGAGAGAGAUUCACUCAGUUAGGAAGUUUACAGACUCAUCAGAAGAAACAUGCUGAAGAACAAACUGCAGUAAAAUCAUCAUAGCAUCUCAAUCUGUUUAAAGUGCUUACUGCCAGUGUUGGGGUCAAUAUCACUUUAAAAGGGACAGAUGACCCAAAUAUCAAAACCUGUCAUCAUUUGUGCAUCCUCAUGAUAUUUUCAGAAAUGGCUCAGAACCACCCGCUUUGUGUUCGGUGGCUCUUUAAAAAUACUUUAAGGCACAGUUUGUCACGGAUUAUCUCUUAAGUAAAACAACAGAUGUUAGUCACACAUUUUUGGUAGCAUUUUAACAAAUACUCUUGUUCUAGGAAAUGAUUGACAGGUUGUGGGCCAAUCCUGGCGAAGAAGUCCAGGGCCACUUUUAGUCCCAGUCCACCCCUGCGUGUGAAGGUUAUUCAUAAGCAGGUUAUUGUAAUGAGCUAAUCUUGGGGAAAGAACUGUAAUAAUAUUCAUUUUUUUAGUAAUUUGUUAUAUAAUGUGUUACUGCCCUACGCUGGUUGACUGUGUGUUAUAUUAAGUCUUAUUUUUCUUAAGGGUUGAAUUAAACAGGAGACUUCAAUAUGCAGUUUGUUAGAAGUCAUUCAGUAUCCCAGGAUGAGGAAACCAUUUUAAAAUCAAGGUUGUUCCAACCCUGUAUAAAUUUCUUUGUUCUGAUAAACACAACAGAAGAUAUUUGGAAGAAUGUCAGUAACCAAACAGAUCUCAUCCCCCAUUGACUCCCAUAGUAGUUAUUUUCCCCGCUGUGGCAGUAAAUGCAGGAUGAGAUCUGUUCGGUUACUGACAUUCUAAAUCUUUAAAAGCGAUCAAAUCUCCUGGAACAGAUGGACUCCGCUCAGUUUUAAAAGCCAUUUAAUUGUAUUGUAGCACCUUUUUUAUUAAAGGUCUAUGAGGAAAGUAGAAAGAAACUAUCCCUUCCAGCUAGUCUUUGCCAAGGGAAAAUAACUCUUAUCCCUAAAUCUAAUAAAGAUCCCCUAGUUAUAGAUAAUUGGCGUCCGAUCACGUUACUGAAUAAUGAUGAUAAAAUAUUAUCUUUAGUCCUAACAAAAAGAUUGAAACAAGUUUUAUGCAAAGACGACACAUUUCUAAUAACGCACGGUUAGUACAAGACAUGUUAGUUUAUUCUGAUUUUUUUGCAGUGACGGAUUCAUUUUCUUUUUAGAUUAUUUCAAAGCUUUUGACACAUUAGAAUGUUUUAUUUAUUUCGGGCUUUCCUUUUGCAUAAUGGCUAAAAUGCUAUAUACAAAUUGUAAGUUUGAUUCGACCAAGUGAUGGUUCUUCACCUAGAUUCUUUUUAAAUCGAGGAGUUAGACGUCUAGUGUCCAGUGUUCCCUUAAAUAAUUAAUCUUAAUUCAUGUUAAUUUCAUCAAACAUUUAAAAAAGUGGAAACUAAAACAUGCACAGUGAACAAACAUGGCCAAUUGUACUGGCAUAAAAAAGGACAAAUAA